AGCGCGUCCGCUGGCGAGGGACACUGGAGGACACCCGAGGCGGCGGCGGCGGUCUGGGGCCGGACCUCCGGGGCCAGACCUCCACGCCCGGUGAGCGGCCCAGCCACGCCGGGUCCUGGGCAGAAGCCCACACCCGACCGGUUUCAGCGCACGCGAGUCUGGGGGUGCAGGAGGGGCGAGAGCCCCGCAGCCGAGCACCCCCCGCACCCGGAGGGGCCGCCCGACCGGCCUUCCUGCCCGGAAUCCCCAGGCGCGGCUGGCGCCUCGAAGUACGCAUGCGCGUUAGGCCGCCCCGCGGAGGCGCCGAGCGGUCCCCGAACCUGCGCGCACCCCUCCCUUCCCGGUCUGGCCGCGCGCUCGGAAAGCGGCUUCGCCGGGCCGGUCCUCCAGAGCAGCGAGAGCGCCGGCCAGAGCGGCGGCGAGCCUGCCUCGCCGCAGCGGCGGCCGACGACGCGCCGGAACCGACGGCGCACCUGCGCCUGGGCGCUCGGCGGCGUCGGCGGCUCGGUACGUCAUCGCGGGCGCGACGGCCCGAGGGACUGUCUGGGGUCUGCUUUCGGGAAGGUGCCGCGGCGGGACCUGCCGGGAAGAUGCCAGUGGCGGUGAUGGCGGACAGUGCCUUUAGUUUCAAAAAGUUGCUGGAUCAGUGCGAGAACCAGGAGCUCGAGGCUCCUGGAGGAAUUGCUACACCCCCAGUGUAUGGUCAGCUCUUGGCUUUAUAUCUGCUCCAUAAUGACAUGAAUAAUGCAAGAUACCUUUGGAAAAGGAUACCACCUGCUAUAAAAUCGGCGAACUCUGAACUUGGGGGAAUUUGGUCAGUAGGACAGAGAAUCUGGCAGAGAGAUUUCCCUGGGAUCUAUUCAACCAUCAACGCACACCAGUGGUCUGAGACGGUCCAGCCGAUCAUGGAAGCACUUCGAGAUGCCACACGGAGAAGAGCCUUCGCCCUGGUCUCUCAAGCCUACACCUCCAUCAUCGCCGACGACUUUGCAGCCUUUGUGGGGCUCCCGGUGGAAGAGGCCGUGAAAGGUAUAUUAGAACAAGGAUGGCAAGCCGACUCCACCACAAGGAUGGUUAUGCCCAAAAAGCCAGUUGCAGGGGCCCUGGAUGUUUCCUUCAACCGGUUUAUUCCCCUAUCAGAGCCCGCCCCAGUCCCGCCCAUCCCCAACGAGCAGCAGUUAGCCAGACUGACCGACUACGUGGCUUUCCUCGAAAACUGACGUGUCAUUCUGAGUUCAAGAUCCACCUCCAGAAUCCUGUAUACUGACAAAUAGAGAAAAGUAAAAUUUUUAUUUUCAACCUAUUGGCUGGAUUAGCACCUCGGCAUUCCUUGCGGAGUAUGUGAUAAAAUACAUAUAUAAAGUAUAUAUUAUAUAUUUUGUCCUUAAACAUUAUGCUGAAUAGUUGUCGAAACGAUUCUUGUUUUGUAACAUUUGACAAUUUGGAUGGAGCCCGUCAGUAUUACGCAGUUUAUAUUUCCUGGUGACUCCUGAAACCCGGCCGCCCGGCUUCCCGUGGGACGGCGCCUGUCAGCCGUUUGUCCCUGCGCGGCACGCGGCACAGCCCCGUCCGCAACGAGGGUUGACACUGAACAGCGACGUGUGUGGGAGCUGAGGAGCGGCCGGGGGUCCUGAGCCCCCCCCCAUCAGAGGACGUGCUCCCCUUCUCCCCAGCCCCGAGGACCACACCCCGAGUGCUGACGCAUGGCAGAGGAGGAAAGGCCGUGUCCUCAGCCAGCAGAGCGUGAGCUCCUGGGGGUGUCAGCACAUCCGCUGCCCGCGCUGGAGGGCUCACCGUGAAAACGCGACUAUCGGAGACCUUCAGGAGCGCGAGCCGUCGUAGUCCUUUCUCGGGCAGGGGAGCGUAGGGCGAGAGGCGUUGUCCUGGCAAAGACGUCCUCACGACGAGUGACCCGCUUUGUGCCGCCCGCACCCUGCAGCCCCGGUUGCUCGCACCCGUCCUUCGCUUCGAGUUCCGCCUUUUGGAGAAAUACUGAACGAGUCUCUCAGUUUUUGUGCGAUGGCCUCUGACUGUUUGGAGGUGUUUCGUGUGUCUUCAGGCUAACACCCCCCCCCCCCAUUUAUUCUGCAUUUGUUCAAUAAAUAUUUAAUUGAA